AAAGUUCAAUGCCCAUUUCGUCCUUUCAAAUGUAUGAUGCUAUGCAACAUUUUAAUUGAUUCUGUGGUGUAACAUUCGAAUUACUAAGUCGUUAUAAAUGUAUCAUUUUAUCCUGUUAUCUUCAUGACAAGUGCAAAUACGUUCUGUGGCACAUUUCGGUGUUUUAGUUUAUCCCACAAUUCACAAUAUCUGGCGUCCAGUCAACAAUCCUCUAAGAAACACACAAUGAUUCACACCAACGAGUAUCCAUUCGUAUGUGAUAUCUGCCCGAGGAAGUAUCGCACUCAGGAUAGGUUAAAUCUACAUAAGAUGCGACACAAGGGAAUAAAGAAUCAUGAAUGUCCAAUAUGUGGUUUGAAGAAGACAACUGGACAUGAGCUGAACGUGCACAUGAAUGUUCACACUAGAGCGAAGAAAUUCCCAUGUAAUUUAUGUAAUGCAUGUUUCCUUAAUAAUGGCAAUCUCGUUCGACACGUGAGAGUUGUACACGAAGGUAUUAAAACAUAUAAUUGCACAUAUUGUGAUCAAAGUUUUGGAAAAGCGGAGACAUUAAAGCAUCAUGUAAUGCGACACACUGGCGAGAAACCGCACGAAUGUCCUAUUUGUGGAAAACGUUUUAUACAGAAAACAUCAUUUCAACUACAUGUUAAACGGCAUGAGAAGGCGAAAAACGGCGAAAAAGUUAGAGCAUUAAGACCAGUUGUGCCGCCACCACCAUCUUUGCCGUCAGCAAUUAUGACCUCGCUAACAGCUCCAUUACCCGCACCAUUACCACCACCUCUUCCGCCAUCGAUACCGCCGCCGAUAACGUCACCUAUAUCCUUACCGACGGUACCUUCGCAUCUUGAAAACAAUGAGCAGCCCAACAGUUUCAUUGCAUUGUAAUAGAUUUAUGUUCUGUGUAUGUAUUAGUUUUGGUUUAAGGUUUUGAGAAAUAAGAAAAUAUAAUAAUAAUUA